CUUUGUCAAAAAAACCUGUCAAAAUGAUUCGCUGCAUUCGGGUUAGCGUGUGUUAUUAGUUUUGAGAGGUUGUUAUCUGGGAAUAACGAACCUGCAAAUGUCGCUACUGGCCAAUCAGAAUCAAGCGUUCCAACGGGACAUUUACAUUUAGUCAUUUAGCAGCAGACGCUUUGGAUAAAAGCGACUUACAGAUGAGGGAAACAACGGAAGCAAUUGGAACAACAUAAGGACAAUAAAAGCAGAAGUGCAAUAAAAGAAAAUUGGUCUCAUAUAACCACCACAGUAUACAGAGCGAAAGAGUAGAGAAGAGAUAGAAGUCAGAACGGAUCGGUCAGGUGUUGACGGAAGAGAUGUGUUUUCAGACGGUUCUUAAAGAUGGAGACAGAAUCUGCUGAUCUUGUAGCAGCGGGCAGAUCAUUACACAGAUGUGGAACCGAUCCCGAGAAGCUUGACCGUUUCUGAUUGUAUUUCAAUUGGAAGAGAAGAGAAAGUUCCUCACAGCUGUGAAUGAUGGCAGUUCUGGGCAGCGCGUGCCGGCUCGUGCAGCUGGUCAGACGCAGCCCGUCCAGUUUGUGCAUGAGCGUGUUUCCCAGACGACAGUCGACAGCCGCAGCAGCUGCGUUUGCCAGUUCACCCACUCCAGAGACUCAGGAGAACAGGAAACCAAAAACAGGGAUUCUGAUGUUGAAUAUGGGCGGCCCAGAGAAACUCCAAGACGUUCAUGAUUUUCUCUUACGACUUUUCAUGGACACUGACCUCAUGAAACUUCCUGUACAAAAUCAACUGGGCCCGUUCAUAGCCAAACGCCGCACCCCGAAGAUCCAAGAGCAAUACAGUAAGAUUGGAGGAGGGUCUCCUAUCAAAGCCUGGACCACCAUGCAGGGGGAAGGGAUGGUGAAACUUUUGGAUGAGAUGUGUCCAGAAAGCGCUCCUCAUAAGUUCUACAUUGGUUUCCGGUACGUUCAACCUCUGACUGAAGAUGCCAUAGAACAGAUGGAGAAAGAUGGAGUAGAGCGAGCCGUCGCCUUCACACAGUAUCCACAAUACAGCUGCUCCACAACAGGCAGCAGUCUGAAUGCCAUCUACAGGUACUACACUAACCGUGGUGACAGGCCGAAGAUGCGCUGGAGUGUGAUUGACAGGUGGCCGACACACCCCCUUCUGAUCGAGUGUUUUGCGGAUCAUGUUCGUAAUGAACUGGAGCAGUUUCCUCCGGAGAAGCGUAAUGAUGUGGUGAUCUUGUUCUCCGCUCACUCUCUGCCCAUGGCUGUGGUGAACAGGGGCGAUCCAUAUCCUCAGGAGGUGGGAGCGACGGUUCAGAGGGUCAUGGAUCGACUGGGUCACUGUAACCCGUACAGACUCGUCUGGCAGUCAAAGGUGGGGCCGAUGGCGUGGUUGGGUCCACAGACUGAUGAUGUCAUCAAAGGUUUGUGUCAGCGUGGGAAGAAGAAUCUCCUGCUGGUGCCCAUCGCCUUCACCAGCGACCACAUCGAGACGCUGCAUGAACUCGACAUCGAGUACUCGCAGAUCCUCGGAGAGGAGUGUGGUGUGGAGAACAUCAGGAGGGCAGAAUCUCUGAAUGGAAAUCCUCUGUUUUUCAGGGCGCUGGCUGAUCUGGUUCAGUCUCAUCUGAAGUCUAAUGAGCAGUGUUCCCGUCAGCUCACCCUCCGCUGUCCACUCUGUGUCAACCCCACCUGCGGUCAGACCAAAGCCUUCUUUGCCAACCAGAAACUCUGACCCUUGACCCGUCAGAAGAGUGACAUCACUUCACACUCGCACGCUUUCGGCUUCAGGUGCCCUUAUGGACCCCGGUGUACAUUCCACAGAAAACAUCCUCCUCCUCCUCAACGCUUGUCUUCUGUCUGUCUGCAUGCUUCUGCUGCAACGCUUGUGUCUUCCUUUACAAACUAAAACUAAAGUCAGUGUGGAACAAAUAAACAUCAUCAUCAAACGGUGCUAAAAUUCACGCGUGUGCAGUGGUGCUGGUUUUAAAGGGACAGUUCACACGAACAUUCCGCGUCAUUCAAGCGCGUAGGACGUACUUUCAUUUCUGCAACACGAGAUGUUUGGCAGAAUAUCAGUGUGAAUGUUUCAUUUCUUCAUAAACUGAGAAUUAAAGCAGUCCUCAUAUGACUGUAGGUUUGUGUGAGAAACUGAUGAGAAUCUGAAACUAAAGCCUCAGUCAUAUGAACUUCUGCUGUGAGUUUUGUCUUUCGUGAAGCAUGAGACUAGUGUGUCAUGAAAAGAUUCAGAUGAACUGUCACUUUAAAAGAAUCCCCUGCACAUCAUCCCUCGUCCCGUCUUUGACCGCAGGGUCGCAGGUGCCUCUUUCUCCAUCCUGAACGUCAUCUUUCUGCUCAGCGCCUUCACAAUCUCGUGCCUUCUCGCGCGUAUGCAAUGCAGCUCAAUGAUGUGAUGAAUGCUCCGUCUUCUGUGUUUUAAAUGUGUGAAGAAGCCCAACACGAAGCGCUCUCUCUCUCUCUCUCUCUCUCUCUCUCUCUCUGUAUGGUGUGUGUGAUCUGUGUUUGAAUUAUUAACAAUUCACAAUUUGUUUAAUCAAAGUUACUUUAUUAAUUUAUUCAUAUUACAAUCAUUCAUUUUUGGCUUUACAGUAAUGACAGUUCAGGCACAAAAUGAGCUUAAUCAUCAUUAAAGUGAUAUCACAGUGCGACGAAUGUUAAUGAUACUAAAACAAAUAUCACUUCUUUCUUUUCAUUUUGGGGUGAAGAGUGAGCCUGAGAUGACUGUACAUGAGAUUCCCACACAAACACGCUGUUGUUGAUUAAGUGAAGAAAGAUUGGCUGGCCCAGACCCAAUAACCCAAUAAUAAAAGAGAGAGAGAGAGA